CGCUCCUGCCGCGCUCCCGUCACCUGAGCCGGGGCCCCAGGUAGCGGCACUGCCCUUCCUCUUGCCCCGCACCCCUCAGGGCUUCCCUGGGCAGGGCAGGCGACGGGCCCCACUUGCCCUUGCCUCAGUCCUCGGGCCUAGUUGGGGCGUCCAGAGACAGACUUCCCCUCCCCUGAGCUGUGGCCACCAGAGCCCUGAGCACCUGGGCUGGUGUCGGGGGCCAAGGAAGUGCUGAGGCCAACAGGGUCUGGCAGGGCUUGGGCACUAGGGGCCAGCCUUGUGGGCUGAGCCAGAGGGGCCAGGCCUCAGAGAGGUCAGAGGGCACAUAAGCCCUGCCUGCUCAUCCUGCUGCCCCUUCAGGGACAGUGAGUGAUGUCACAAUGCCCUGCCUUCUGGGCACAAGCUCCUGCCUCCCACCACUGCCUCUGCGGCCAGCCUGGCCUUGGUAAGUGCUGCCACCAGCCUGGGCAGGAAGGUGCCGGGGCGUGUGCCGUUAAAGGCCCCCACGUACCCCUGCAGGGGACAAGGGUCUCUCCCCGAAGUGCCCGGCAGGUGUGGGGCUUGGUCCCCGUGUCCAUGGGCUUCCACCUCUGCUGGUGUUAGGAAGCGUGUGGGUCCAGGCGAGGAGGGGGAAGGGUUUGCCCUCCCGGCUGAAAGGCUGCCCUGCUCUGGAGACCUUGCCCCCUAGGUCUGAGGGCGCCUGGCUCUGUGGGCCACCGGGUCGACGGUCGCUUACGCUCCACCAGUGACCCACAGGAGCCGGGACGGUAGGGGUGUCCUGAGGGAGGGCCGCAGCCCUGGCGAGUUAGCACUGGGUGUUGGUCAGGAUGCCGCCCUCUGCUCUGGGGAGCAGGCCCAGGGUGGGGCUGUGGCUGGGAGGCAAGCUCACAGCCACCUUCUAGGAAGGCCCCUGGGUGAGCAGGGAUCCCGGGCUGCGGGCCCAGGCCCCUCUGUUCCUGCUCAGUGGGGGCUGCCUCCCGUUUCUGGGCUGGUCCGCGGAGUGCCAGCCACAGCGCCACGCCUGGCAGCAGGGCGGUGGGUGGUGAGGCUGUUGCUACGAGGGCGGCAGACAACGAAGGUCCCCUCCAUGAGGAAGGUGGGGCUCAGCCCCCAGCUGCCUCCCACUGCCCCACUGAUGGUGCCCCUUACCCCACGAUGGCCACCUCAGAGACCGCCCAGUGCUUCCGUUAAAACCAGUGCCCGGAGGUGGUCGGGCUUAGCAAAGGCACAGGCCGUCCAGGGACCAUUUCAGGUCAAUAGUAACUGUCGUGGACGUGAGUCUCCCUGUCUCAUGGGCCAGGCUUGUUGGGAAGGGUGUUCCCGUGGGGGUCAGGUGGAGGGAGCGCACUGGUUCCCCGGCAUCCAGUCGGGGAUUCUAUCAGAAAAGGUUUCCGAGGUUUGGAAACCAUCUUCUCUAGACCCCUUUGGAGAGCAUGGUGCAUGUUGGGUUAGAAAAGAAGCUUUGCAGUUAAAAGAAUACAAAUAUUCAUACACCCGUACGUGUAUUUUACCUUCUGAUUGCUUCACUGAGGUCCCUGCGGGUCUGACUUGGGGUCCUGCAUGUUGCCGGAUGGCACCCCCCUUGGGAAGCAUCCGCAGGGUCCUGCGGCACCAGCCGGGCUGCUGAGGGCGGGGCGGGGCGGCCGCGGGCGCUGUGCUCAACUGCCUUCUGUGCUUGCUUCCACUGCUGCGCGCAGAUGAGGAGCGGCAAGGCCUCCUGUGCCCUGGAGACCGUCUGGGAGGACAAGCAGAAGCAUGGGGAGGCCGAGCAGCGCGCCCACGAGCACCAGGCCACGCGAGCCGCCGCCGCUGCCCAGCAGCUCCCGGCUCAGGUGCCAGCCGUGAAUGGGCCGGGGCCGGAGGAGGCCGAGGCCCCGGACAGCAGCAGGGGCAGCCCCCGGAAGAGCCAUUACGGGCGGCAGCCCCUGCAGAAGAAGCGGAAGCGCUCCCCGAAGAGCGGGCUGGGCAGGGCAGACCUGGCCCUCGUGGGCCUCUCGGCCGACCACGUCUGGCUGGACAAGCCGCUUUUCGACCAGGCGGAGAGCUCCUACCGUCAGAGGCUGGCAGACUUGGCUGCCCAGGCAGCCCGGCCACCGGUGCUGGCCCCCAGGGGUCCUUGCACCCACGGAAGCCAGGUGGCCUGCCACCAUGUGACCUGGGGCAUCUGGGUCAACAAGUCUGCCUUUGACCAGGCCGAGAGGGCCUUCGUGGAGUGGUCUCAGGCUCUGCUGCUAGCCACCGAGGGCAGCAGCGGGCAGGGGGCUCCUGACACGGGCCAGCAGGCACCUGCCUUGGCCCUGGCCCUCGCCCACCAGCCUAGCUCCCCAGCCAAUGGCCAGCCCCCGCUGGGCAGCCUGCAGGCGCUGGUGCGGGAGGUGUGGCUGGACAAGCCCCGCUACGACGCAGCUGAGAGGGGCUUCUACGAGGCCCUGUUCGACGGCCACCCCCCCCGGAAAGUGCGCCUGCAGGAGCGAGCCAGCCAGGCCGAGAAUGCCAAGCGGGCCCGCCGAGAGCGGCGGGCCCGCAACGCCGUGGGAAGCAAGCGGGCUGAGCUGAGGCGGGCCGAGGCGGGGGUCCCUCCGUCUGCCCUGCCCUACUGGUACUUCCUGCACAAGGACGCCGAGGCGCCCUGGCUCAGCAAGCCCACCUACGACAGUGCGGAGUGCCGCCACCACGCUGCCCAGGCCCUGCGCGUGGCCUGGCGCCUCGAGUCCACGGCUCUGGUUCACCGGCCCAGUGCCCGGUCUGGCCCGUCCAUGUCCAGCCUGAGACCCAACAGGAAGAUGGCCACAAACUUCCUCGUGCACGAGAAGGUCUGGUUCGACAAGUUCAAAUACGACGAUGCAGAAAGGAGGUUCUAUGAGCAGAUGAACGGGCCUGUGGCGGGCUCCUCGCGCCAGGAGAACGGCGCAAGCGUGAUCCUCCGGGACAUUGCGAGAGCCAGAGAGAACAUCCAGAAAUCCCUGGCCGGAGUGAGUACCGCGGCCGAGCAUCCAGGCUGGCGCUGCCGCCGCCCUCAUGCCACUGCGCAUGACUUCCCCGGUGCCGCUGAUGGCUCUGCCCUUGGAGCAAAGCCAGGGCGAGGCUGCUGCGCAGGCACGGACCUGGCCCAGACCACAGGCACCUCUUCCCCUGCCUCCUUGCUGUGCUGAUCGCCUGCUUGCUGGCGCUCUACUGGGUCCCCUCCUUUGCUCCCUCCCCGCCAGCCACUUCCUUCUGCUUGCUCUGUGCUAAGGGAAGCCUCCCUUCCCUCCUAGGCCUUGACCUCCCCAGAGGAGCCGGGUUCACAGGGGGUGGAGUUCAAAUCACAGAACGAGCACCAUCGAGUUUGAGGCCCCGACAGGGGCCCUGCAGCCCAGCUCGGCUUCCUGGUCCCAGAUGGGACCAUGGCCACCUCUGUCCCUGCCAGGCCAGGAGGCGUGUCCCUAGGAGGCAGCGGACCUACUGGUCUACCUCUCUGGCCAGAGGAGCUGGGGCCUCUCUCUCUGGGACAUGGGAGUGUCCUGGCCCUGGAGGCAAGUGUCCGCACAGCUGUGCUCCUUUGGAGCCUCCAGGAGCAUCCUUCCCGCCUUUCCAGCUUCUAGAAGCUGCCCACUCCAUGGCCUGUGGCUCCUCGCCAGCAGUUCACGGCCUGCUCUAGUCACAUCUCCCCUCCCUGCCUUUCUCUCCUGUGGACCUGGGGGGUGACACUGGGCCCACCUGGAAAAUCCAGGGUCACCUCCCAUCUCCCCUACCUCAUCACGUCUGCAAAGUCCUUUUUGCCGUGUGAGGUCACCUGCCUGCACAGCUGGUUCGGGUGUACUGGCUCCUGGCCACAGGCUGGGCAGCCCCGGCAGGUGUCCUCUGGGAAGUGGUGCCACCGCCAGCUGCCCAGCAGGCCCUGCGUUGGGCAUGGCCCCUACUUGCCUUGCCUCCUACCUCACCAGGGUGAGCCGGGCAGACACAGGCCCUGGCGGCACGAGGUCUUUGCACCCGGGAGGCUCUUCCCCCUCCCACCCUCGGGCCUGGCUGUGGUGGCCAGCUGCUGGGCCCUGGUCUUUGGGGACAGCUGUGCUGUGCUGCUGGGCUUGGGUCACAAAGCACCACGCACCACAGCGUAAGCGUCAGUCCUUUUCUCGUCAUCUGAAGGCUGGAGUCCAGGAUCAAGGUGUGGGCAGGGCUGGUUCCUUCCAAGGCCGCAUUCUUUGGCCUACAGAUGGCCGUUUCUUCCCUUGUCUCUGCAUCCUCUUGCCUCUGUGUGUCCUACGAGGACACCAGCCAGUGGGCUAGGACCACCCUAACGACCUCAGUGUGACGGGGUCGCCCUGUAGAGGCCCUGCUCCAGAACUUUGGGUGUGAGUUCAUGCUGGGGUGGGGCGGGCAUAGCCUUCAUGGAGAGGACUGGUGACGUGCAGGGCGGGUACCAGCGACCUGCUGUCUUCCCACCACUCACCUGCCGCGCAGCAGGGCUCGAGGCUCCAGCCUGUUGCCAGGACCCCGCUCACUUGCUCCCGGCACUAACCCCUGGGAGAGGAGCCUCCGAGCUGGGGCCGGACGGCUGGGCGGGGGCGGUAGCUCUGGCCUCCAUCCCUGUGUGAUCCAGGCCAUCGGAGGUCUUAGUGGGAAUGGUGUGGGGGCCACGGCUGGUGGUGGCGUCUGAGACGUGGGUGUGGGUGGUCCAACGGGAGCUGCAGAGUUGAUGGGUGCUGUUGACUGACCAUAGCAGGGCACUGAGGUGCGCCGAGAGGAGGGGAGUGUCGUGAGCAGAGCCCACCUGGUCCCCUGGCUGGUCAGUGCUCCUUCUCCAGCCACACGGCGCCCUGGCCACCCUGAGCCGGCUCUGCUCGGUGGGUCAUGGGACAGCGUCAGCCUUGUGCUGCCCGCAGUGAGUGACAGAGCCAGGCACCCGGCACCUGUCCUGCCUGGAGACCUUUAGCCUCUCCGUGGUUGGGGGGUGCGGAGCAGGGCUUGUCUGUGCUGCUU